AUGCCCGCUCCUCUUGACGAGUCUCCCCGGUCCCGGGGACAUCGCAUCGAGCUUGUGGACGACAAUCCUUCCCCGAGGCACGAUGGCGAAAGUAGUCCUGGGCUAAGGAGUAGCAAGGGCUGGGACGGAAAACUGCGAGUAUCCAAGAAUGCUGUGCUUGCGAACCCCGAGGCGCUCUCAGAUCCAGAAUAUUCAGACGAAGAGAAUGUCAUUCCUGGCGAGGAACUCGAUGCAGAUGAAGGCAAAAGCUCCCUAGUGACAGACUUGUUGGACGGCGAGGAUCCAGAGACAGACGAGAUCGUCUGCACUCAGUCACGAGUUCAGUCAAUGUCCGCCCUCCGCCUUGAGCGCUUUCAGCAAGUAGCACGCAUCUGCCUGCGGCAGAACCUUAUCCAGGACAUCGAAGGCCUUUCGGGCGUCGCAGGUUCCCUCAAAGAACUCGACCUCUAUGACAACCUAAUCUCACACGUGCGCGGCCUCGACGACCUGGUCAAUCUAACAACGCUGGACCUAUCCUUCAACAAGAUCAAACACAUCAAGCACGUAUCGCACCUGUCCAACUUAACCGACCUCUACCUCGUGUCCAACAAAAUAUCCAAAAUCGAAGGUCUGUCCGGCCUCACCAAGCUGCGCAACCUCGAGCUGGGCUCAAACCGGGUCCGCGUCCUCGAGAACCUCGAGUCGCUCACAUCGCUCGAAGACCUCUGGGUAGCCAAGAACAAGAUCACAUCCAUGACCGGCCUCGCGGGGCUGCCGAACCUGCGCCUGCUGUCGAUCCAGUCGAACCGCAUCCGGGACCUGUCCCCGCUGCGGGACGUGCCGCAGCUCGAGGAGCUGUACAUCUCGCACAACGCGCUCGAGUCGCUCGAAGGGCUCGAGCACAACACCAAGCUGCGCGUCCUCGAGGUGUCCAACAACAAGAUCGCCUCGCUCAAGGGCCUGGGCCCGCUGCGCGACCUGGAGGAGCUCUGGGCGAGCUACAACCUCCUGGCGGACUUUGCCGACGUCGAGACACACCUGAGGGACAAGCAGUCGCUCACGACGGUCUACUUCGAGGGAAACCCCCUCCAGCUGAGAGCGCCGGCGCUGUAUAGGAACAAGGUCCGCUUGGCGCUGCCCCAGGUCCAGCAGAUUGAUGCUACGUUUGUACGAGCAUCAUAG